AAGCUGUAUGAUCAAAAUGUGAGGAACCAUAUCUUUCGUGAGUAGUGAAUACAGUCAGACGGAGGAUCGUGUGAACCUUAGUGGUGUACUCACAUUUUUUGGUUGUUCAUUGUAAGACUAAUAAGAGGAAGAACAACCACAUUCAAAAAAGACCACACAAAGAUCAACGAAAUGGAGGUUCGUUCUUUUGUGGUCAACUCGUUCACCAAGCAGUUAUACAGCGGGAAUCCUGCUGGUGUCUGCCUGCUAUCCGAAGAAAAUGCAGUCGAUGAAACGACGAUGCUGCGCAUCGCAGGGGAACUGAAACACUCGGAAACCGCUUACAUCUGGCCGUUAGGACGGAACGCUUUAUUGAUUAUGUGUGGUGAAUGUGAAGACGACUCUAUUUGUUAUCGAAAUUAUCGACUAGAACAAACUUAAGGUUCAAUCCGAAUCGACUCACAUCAUCAUCUUCACUGGAGAACAAACUUAACCUCUAGCUCUAGAAGUGUGCAUCCUGGCUACCCUAAAGGAGUUGCUCUAACCAAGCAGCUGGCUACCCUAUCGGAGUCGCCUGUGGUGGCCUGGGAGGCAUUCCUUUAAGUUUCAAAGGCACCCGAACAGACCUCCCAGGCCACCACACCAGGCGACCUCCUGCUCCUUCGUUUUCUUGGUUUGGGUGUUUGUUUGACCAUGUCUUCUGGUCCGAAGUGUCCUAGUGAGCCUGCAGCACCCAUUUCCGAAGUACUCUUCGUUCUCGCCUGGAAAUUUUGACUCUUCUUCGCACCGAGUCCUUCGUUCUCGCCUGGAAAUUUUGACUCUUCUUCGCACUGAAAUUUGGAUAGCGGUAGCGUCUGCGUCUGCAGCAUUAUAACCACUACUUCCUCUAACCAAGCAGCUGGUUCGUCCGAAGGAGAGACGUGCCAGAUGACCACAGGCGACGGAGUAGAUUGGGCCAUUCGCUGGUUCACUCCUACAAACGAGGUAGACCUCUGCGGACACGCUACACUAGCCGCAGCUCAUGUCCUUUUCACGACUGCGGGAGAGGUGAAGCAAGGGGGCACAAGUAACGCAGUUCGGUUUUGGGCAGUUCUGCGAAAGACAUGGCUGUGUGUGGAAUUGGUGUCAGGUGAGAAGGACAGUGACAGCAGUAGCGCUCCAACAACAACAUCAAGUGGUUUGCUCACUUCUACAAUGAAGAUGACAUUUCCAUGUUUUUUGCCAAAGGAGAUCGGAAUUGUACCAGGCGACGACUUCUACGAACUAGCGAUGAAGAUUCUCAGAUCGAUAUUUGCUGUAUCAGGUAGUCUAGAAAGCGAAAGGCAGUCUGUUGCAACCAUGUGAAUUCAGUAAUCAGGAACCCGAGAGACAGAGGCCUGGGGUGGAUUCAUUACUUUUCAUUUUCUAUUUCAAUCAAACAGGGAAGCUUUUUCUGAAGUCCGUCCGUCGAGUAGUGGAAACAACGAAGGGGUGAUUAUUUGGUCUCUUCGUCUUCGAUCUUGUGGAAGAGCCACUAAGAUAAAGGUUGGUUCACGAGCCACAAAAACAACUACAACAGGUAACGCCACGGCCACCGCAGCAAUACCAGAAGCAGAACAAGGCAACGGUUAUCUUCAGGACACCAAAAAUGACUUCUGCAAAAAUUCCAUCAUGUCCUUGAGUUGGAGUCUGGAGACAAAAAAGCUGUUCCUAGAAUUGUCACCGGACGUCGACCUAGGAGGUUUGCAUAUCCCGAACGAAACUAUGGAAGAAUGGGUGAUGUGGACAUCAUCUCUUCCGAACAAUGCAUCAACCUCUUGCCAGGCACAUCAAUCAAUCAAUCAAUCAUCUUCCUCAAGUCUAGUGCGGGGCGUUGGUCUAUGGCAGGGUGCUCUUGCAUCAGAGGUGCAGUGUUCAUCAUCAACGAAGCAGCAUACUGUUAAGGCUCAACCAUUUCAGUGGUCACCAUUUAGAUUGGAGUCACUGAGAUCGAAGAGGCGACCCCUUCUUGACAGAACUAAAAACAGGGGAAAUAAACGAAGGGAAAAGGGGAGAGCUUUGAAGGUGGUCUCUUCCGUUCCGCAUCAGCGACCACUGUCUGCUGACCUUUAACACUGCUUACUUUCGAACGCGAUAUUUCUCUCCUUGGAACGGCAUAGCCGAGGAUCCAGCGAAUGGGAGUUCACAUACCGCUUUAGCACCCUUGUGGUUGUCGAGAAGUUUAUCGAGGACGAUACAGGAGAAAAAUGAUGAAGCUGUUGACACUCCGCUCUCUAGCAGUUCUAAAGGAAAGUGCCAAGAUGAACCGAAGACCUUCCUCUCUCAGAUAUGUAGCAAGCGUGGAGCAGAGAUGGAGGUUUCGGUGAAUGAAGGAGGAAACACAAUGAACAUGAUAGGAUCUGCAGUCACAAGUUUAGAAGGAAAGAUGUUUGUGUAGCUUUUUUCUUGUGCGAUUAACAUGAACACGCCUCUACAGAGUGCUUGCGUGCGUGGUAAUCCGCACGUGGAAGCAAUAGCAUGAACGUACAUGAGCCACUGCAUGCUGUAAAAAGGGUUAUGCUUAU